UUUUACUUACCUAAACUUCCUGUGUUUGCACCACUCUCAUCUAAAAAAUCUGUGAAAGUGAGCGAUUCAAAAUUUUAAAAAGAUGCACAUAACAGGUAAAUUAGAAGUUGAAGUUGAUAUCAAUUGUCAUGGUGAUAUUUUCCAUGAAAUUUUUAGCACCAGGCCACAUGAUGUCUCCACCAUGUCACCUGAGAAUAUCCAUGGUUGUGAUGUGCAUGAUGGUGAAUGUGGCAAGCCUGGGGCUAUCAUCUUCUGGAAUUAUACCCUAGAUGGGAAAAAAUGUGUGGCAAAGGAGCUUGUGGAAGCAGUAGAUGAAGAGAAGAAGAUGGUGAGAUUCAAAAUCAUAGAAGGUGAUCUUCUGAAAGAGUUCAAAAGCUUCACUCUGGUUGUCCAAGUGAUACCUAAAGAUAACAUAACAGGGGUGAGAUGGACUGCUGAAUUUGAGAAGGUCCAUGAUGAAGGGCACUACCCUACCAAAUUGAUUGAUUUUUGCAUUGCAGUCACCAAAGAUAUCGAGGCCCAUCACCUUAAAGAUGAUAAAAAGUGAUGGGGUCAUCUACUUUAUUUAUGAGCAAUAUAAUGCAUGGGUGUAAUGUUUUGUAUGCAAUAAAUAUGUGACCUUUAGAAUAUGCAUGUUAUGCUAAAUAAUGGGUGGUUGCUGCUUUUAUGUCUGUAUGAUUGUGUGUAACAACUAUGUAAUAUGAAGUCAGUUGUGUUAUUUGUGUAACAAUUAUGUACUAUACAAUUAUGAUUUUUGCAUUGCA